ACAAGGAAGCAGUCAGUGUAAAAAUGGCGACUGGAAGAGGACCAGUUACCAAGAAUUUCGGGGGCUGGAUUCAGCGUCUCCAGGGGACGAUCAUGGACGCUGUCGGCCCGACGAAGUUAUACGUGGAUAAGAAAGUAAUCGAGAAAGUCUGGAAGCUUAUGGACAAGGUAGUAAAACAAUGUCAGCACCCGAAAAUGAAUCUGAAGAACAGCCCUCCGUUCAUCCUAGACAUUCUUCCUGAUACGUAUCAACAUUUGAAGCUGAUCUAUUCCAAGUAUGAGAAUCGGAUGGAGCAGCUUAACGAUUGCGAAUACUUCAAACUCUACAUUGACAAUCUUAUGAAGAAGUGCAAACAGACACUGAAUUUAUUUAAGGACGGUAAAGAAAAGAUAUUCGACGAGAACUCUCACUACCGACGAAACUUGACCAAGUUGUCGCUAGUUUUCUCCCACAUGCUGGCAGAGCUGAAAGCUCUGUUCCCUCACGGAGUUUUCACGGGGGACACGUACAGGAUCACUAAAGGAGACGCAGCAGACUGGUGGAAGAAAGCAUUUGGAGACAGGCCGGUGGUAUCAUGGAAACUGUUCCGACAGUCUAUUAACGAGGUCCACACAAUCAAUUCUUCCCUGGAAGCUCUGGCCCUGAAGUCCACCAUUGAUUUGAGUUGUAAUGACUUUAUUUCUGUGUUUGAGUUUGAUGUUUUUGCCAGACUAUUUCAACCCUGGGGUAAUUUGCUGAGGAACUGGAACGUUCUGGCGGUGACCCACCCUGGCUACGUGGCGUUUCUGACGUAUGACGAAGUCAAAGCACGACUUCAUAAAUACAUUACCAAACCAGGAAGCUAUGUGUUUCGCCUGAGCUGUACAAGGCUAGGCCAGUGGGCAAUUGGCUAUGUUACCACAGACGGUCAGAUCCUUCAGACCAUCCCUCAGAAUAAGUCCCUGUGCCAGGCGCUACUAGAUGGACAACGUGAGGGAUUUUACCUAUAUCCCGACGGCCGGAAUAUCAAUCCUGACCUCAGUUACCUUGUAAACGACCUUGAGGAGGACCACGUGCAGGUGACGCAGGAGCAGUACGAGCUGUACUGCGAGAUGGGCUCCACGUUCCAGCUGUGUAAGAUUUGUGCCGAGAACGACAAAGAUAUUAGGAUAGAACCGUGUGGCCAUUUGCUGUGUACACCUUGUCUUAAUGCUUGGCAGGACAAGGACGGACAGAGCUGCCCUUUCUGCAGGACGGAGAUCAAAGGGACGGAGAGCGUGGUCGUGGACCCCUUUGACCCCAAAACUGUCAGCAAGCUACGAGACAAGGAGAAGAAGGGGACGGGAGGUCUGUCACCCUCUGAGCACUCGGACGAUGAUCAAAAUUCUACAUUUGAGGACCCAGGGCAAUGGUUGCUAGUCACUUUAGGAGACAAAACAGGUGGUCACGCAGCAGAACAGGAUUUGUCUCCUCAUGUCCGACGGCGAGAUCUCCCGCCUCCUGUCCCGCCCAGACGUCUGUCACCAGGCCCCUCCCCUCGCCACUCCCCCGGCUCUUCACCUAAAGCAACAAGGCGACCACCCCCUGCCCCGCUCCCUGAAGACGAAGAUGAUGUGCCUAACUAUGAGGCCCCAGUUCCCAGUCCACUGCGUAAGGAGGCUCCCCAUACAGCACCACUCACUUCACCACUGGCGCAUAAUGCAGAUGUUAAUGGCGACCCUAGCGUUCCCUAUGCAGAGCUAACCUACGACAUCCCUAUACCGCGGCACCACUCCCUAGAACACCUGGAGCCGCGGCAACAACAGCACGACGACGACAAGGCCGGCAGGAAACGGCACUCCGCAGAGGGCCCUGGUACUGCCAACCAACAUUCCAAUCAACAUAGAGACCAAGACACCAGUCACAAUACAGGUCACUUCCAUGUGCCCAGUGACUACGACCUUCCUCCCCCACCACCAACCAGGGAACAGUCAUUUAAAGGCAGCUCCUAUCAUAGUCCAACAGAAAAUCCAAUUCCUCCUGCAAGAAGAGACAAGUUAAAAGAAAGUAACAAAGAAAAUGAUGACCGCUGUGGAAGUCUUAAUGAGCAGCAUCUGGACGAACUACUUAGAGAGGGACAUGCACGCAGUGCCGCAAUACGAGCCUUACUGAUUGCAAAAAAUAACAUUGAUAUGGCAAGAGAAAUAUUGCAGCAAUUUGUCCCAAGGACAUAGCAUAUUCAUCUUGGGCUUGGCCCAUUAAUUCUGAUUGGUUUAAGUUCUUGGUUGCCAUGGGCAAAGAAACCGGUGAUUCUGAUUGGCCGGUUCUUGGUGGCCAGGAGUGAAGAAACCAGUAAUUGUGAUUGGUUAAUUCUUUGUUGCAUGGGUGAAGAGUAGAAGUUUCAUAUUGCACUGUUAGAGUCCUAUAAAAACAAAAUUAUGUCCAUCAUUGUAAACACAAGUUUUCCGUGAGUGAUGUAUGCAAAUAAUGUGGUCAGCUUCUAGUUCUUUCUAGAGUCUUCUCAAAAUGCAUCCUCUGUUGUCAGGUCAGAGAAGAUGAGGUGAAGUACCUGGUCUUGCUCAUGUAUUCAAUAGACACCUUCCAUUGCUGUCACCCGUAGUUCCUUCAGUGACGUAAAGAAAAAACAAUUGGAGAUCAGAAAGGGCAAAACACUGCCAUUUAUAAUGAUUUUGUAUGGAGGGACAAUAUUUUGGUUUGUUUAUGUAUUUAAUUAUUGUAAGUGCAAGGAAAUGGGCCCAUUUAUACCUAUCAAGGCAAGCUCUACAAGGCACCCCUUAUAUUGCACAAUGGGCCCUCCCAUGUGAGUGCAUCAGAGGAGUUCACUAAACAUCUAAGGGGUGUAGGGAUAUUGCAAUGUCCGUGUGUGUGUGUCUGUGUAUAAACACAUGGUGUACUUCCAUUUUAAACUGACUGGAUCAGUUGUAGUUGUAGUUUUAAUGGCAUUGAAUAGUAAGUGCAAUGUCACAGGAAACCCAUAUUGAUCAUGAUAUAUAAAUACACUGAUAUAAUCCCAUCAUAUGUGUAAUAAGAUAUAUAUUUAAUGUGUAAUAUAAAUAAGAAAUUCCAUGAUUGAUUCUAUAGCACCAAUGUAAAUGAAGAAAUGAUAAGGUGUUUUUAAUAUGCGAUUUUACUUUGCCUAAAAUGGUUUGUAUUAAAUGAACCAGUUUUAAUGUGAAAAGGUCAACAACAGAUAAUGUGACUAACAAUCACAGUCAAAAUCUGAUGUGACUGUAAAAAAAGUAGCCAUUAUGUAUAUCUUUCCUCUACAAGGAGCUGAGGUGACAGUUUUAAUAAGUAAUCAUGUGGUCAGAGGUGAAAAAAAAACAUGGAUAGAUACAGUAAGAUACUGGUUAAUAUGCUGCUCUUUGCAGUCUUAUGGUAAUUUUUUUCAGUUUUUCCCUUUCUUCUCGAUAAGAAGAUAUGUGAUACAGUAAUAUUAUAAUGUUAUAAAAAUCUUCAGCUGAUCAUUUGUCCCGAGGAAUAAAUUGCACAGCUGGCAAUGUUGCAUAUUUGGUACGACUCUCUGAUCAGCCUUCCUUGAAUGAUUAGAAAGACAGAUUUAAUCAUUAUGAUGUUGACUACGAACAACUUGAGAGUACAUAUGAAUAGUGCUACAAACACCCAUGGUUUAAUUGUUGAAAAAAAUGAAAUUAAAAAAUAAUUUGAAAAACGGCAAAGUCAAUGCUCACUAUUACAUGUUGCGUUCAGUAAUGUAAGAAAUAGGUACCAUAUUCCUUAUGCCAGCUCAAAAUCAUGUAGAUAUGAAAAUAAGGUGAUUCCUGCAAAUAUUUUAGCUGCAAAAUGCUUGAUUUUAUACCGCAAAUUCACCUGGAUAAAUGUUUCCCUCAAAUUUUGCUUGACAUUUUCAAUUCUACACUACAUAUUUGUGGCAAUAUGGGAUUUGUACUUUAUCGUUUUGUUUUAAAAGCAACAUACUUGUUAAAGUAGAUAAGAAGUCAUAAUAUGAGCAAAGGUGUUUAUUUUUGUAAUAUAAUACAGUUACACAGUAUUGGCAUGAGAUAAACUAUUAUUAUAUAUUGAGGCAACUCUUGAAAAGGUACAGCAUUUGCUUGACCAUAGCAGUCCUUCAAAGAUAAUUUCAGAGGAAAUACACCAAGUAAAAUUAGAUAUGCGUUAAAAGAAUCAGGAUCCAUUCUGUAUAUUUAUUUGUGCAUUUUCUUUUCUAACUGUAUUUAGUUGUGUUAGUUGUAAGCAUAUAUUAAUCAGUCAUGCCCCGUGUUGUUCUCUUAUACUUGCCAUAUUAAACAGUAUCUGUUAACUACAUAGAUCAAAAUGAUCAUAGGUAAAAGAUUUUGUGAAAUUUAAUAUUUCUGUAAAAUUGUUUCCCCUUAUCCCCAACCUUGUUGCCUUACCUUGUCAGAUUUUUGUUUUAACCUUCUUUGAAUGUAAAAACAAGAUUGGAAACCAAAAGGUGGAAGAUGUAGGUCGGUCACUUUAAUUAUCUAUGCUAAAGUGGUGCAUUGACUGUGGUUACAUAGUUAUUGUUUUCUAUUUAGUAAAAUUGAUAUGUAAGUUAUAAUUUAAUUUUCAAUCGCUACAUGCACAAUUGGGAAAAGCUUUUGUUUUGUUUCAAGUUUAGUCUGGCAGAGAAAGAAGUGCUUUAGCCAAAGACUUGAACAUCCCCAGCAAGUGGCUCUAUCAAAUGAUAAGACACACACCUGAUUUUACUAUAUAACUAGUUAAUAUUCAUUUAGUGAAAUAAUCUCAAAUGUUAGAUGUUACCAAUUUUAUUGCAGAAACCUACUCAAAUCAAAACAGACCAGUUCAUUCAACGUAUUCUUUCUUUAUUGUACAAUUUAUGUUCCCAGUGUUUUGUACUGUAUUUGUUACCUGGAGAAAGCAUUAAAACAUCAUGUAUUAACUCUUUAA